GGAGGGUGAUGUGGAUUGGUAGGACGGAACAACCUGGGUGCUAGUUGGCAGAGCUCUGGCUGGAUGGAAGGUCCGGUUGCGAAGUGAUGGUGGAGGCAGCGAAGAUGGGCCGGGCAGGGACCAUGGCGGUGGCGGCAGAGGUGGCAGGGGCGGGGUGGCUGGCGGUAGAGGAGACUGUGGUCUUCAGGGGGCUGUAGGCAGAGGCAUGGCUCGGGCCAGCGGCGGGAACGGCAGCGAGGAGGACGGGGGGGCACUUCGGGUGCCGCAACAGCAGCUUCGAGAGCUGUGCCCAGGAGUGAACAACCAGCCUUACCUCUGUGAGAGUGGUCACUGCUGCGGGGAGACUGGCUGCUGCACCUACUACUAUGAGCUCUGGUGGUUCUGGCUGCUCUGGACUGUCCUCAUUCUCUUUAGCUGCUGUUGUGCCUUCCGCCAUCGACGAGCUAAACUCCGGCUGCAGCAACAGCAGCGGCAGCGUGAGAUCAACUUGUUGGCCUACCACGGGGCAUGCCAUGGGGCUGGCCCUGUCCCUCCCGGUUCACUGCUUGAUCUUCGCCUCCUCAGCACCUUCAAACCCCCAGCCUAUGAGGAUGUAGUUCACCGCCCAGGCACACCGCCGCCUCCUUACACUGCAGCCUCAGGCUGCCCCUCGACUGCUUCCAGUGAAUGCACCUGCUGCUCCUCUGCUUCUAGUUGCCCUGCCCACCAAGAGGGAACAAAUGUGGAAGAUGUUUCCUCCCACCAGAGUGACCCUCCUCAUCAGGAGGGUGAGCCUGGGGCAGGGGUGAGCCCUGCCCCCACACCACCCUUCUGCCGCUAUCGCCGCUUGACUGGGGACUCAGGUAUUGAGCUCUGCCCUUGUCCUGACUCCAGUGAGGGGGAGCCAGUCAAGGAGGCUAGGGCUAGUGCCACCCCACCAGAUGUGGAGGACCUCCCCUGUGCACUGCCCCUAAAUCCUGUACCCCAGGUCUCUCCUGUGGGGCUGGCUUCCAAUGAAGGGGACAUCCCAUAAGCAAUUUGGGGAGGGUGGGUGGUUUACUUGCCCACCAGAAACAGCCCUGCUCCCAACUCCCUGAGUUCUCCUCAGCCUCUCCCUGCCCUCCUAGAAUCGGUCUGAAAGGGCUGGAAUCCUGAGGAGAAGGGCAGUGUUUGCAGGACUGUGCUAGCUCUAUCUCCUAAGACAUACACAGGAGCCUUUGAUCUCAUUAAAGAGAUGUGAACCAGCUGCUUGUG